AAAAAGGCGACAUAUUGAUUGUUGGUUGUCGUUUGUUGAGAGUGAGGGGCGUUUUUAUUAAUAAUUUUGGUUUUAACGGAUUGAGUACACAGUGUUGUGUAGUUUUUUAAAAGAUAGGUGUCACAGGAGUUCGUGUCAUCCAUUGUGUAGUCGUAUAGCAGUGCAGACCGCGUAUGAUAGGCUCUGGGAGGGACAAAAUAACAAUAAGGAUACAUAAUAUGAAGAGAAGUAGUGAUAGAGACACCCCUCCGCGUAGUAAAAGGUCUCGUUCAAGUAUGGGUCGUUAUGAUGACAGUUCUGAUGAAAGAAUUACUCCUGAUCGCAUUAGACGUCGUAGAAGUCGAUCCCCAAGUCCGCGGGCACGGUAUAUUUCUCCCCAUCGUGACGAAUAUCUACGUCCUCCAGAAAGGGCGUAUCCGUAUAAAGUACUGUGCGUGAGUGCAUUGCACCCGAAGGCCAGCGACGAAGUUAUUAAAGAUACUCUUUAUCGUGAAUAUAAGAAGUAUGGAGAUCUUAGUAUAAGAAUAGCUCAUGAUUUAGAUGAACGAGUAGCAUACGUUUGUUUCCGUAGUCCAGAAGAUGCUAGGGAUGCCAAACACGGUAAACCACGUAUAAUUAUUUAUGAUAAGGUAGCAGUUGUCGAUGCUGUCUAUGAAGUACCAAGAGCUUCUAACGAUUUGUACCGAGGAAGACCGCGUUCUAUUAGUCCGGAGUAUGAUCGCCAUUAUUAUGCAAGAUCACCAGGACCGGAACGUUUACGUCCAAUUGAUAGGUACGAUCGAGCUUAUGGUCCUCCUCCAGGUGUACCACUUCACCGAGAACCAUAUAGACGUGAAGCUAUACCAGCAGCACACCAUGAUUAUCUGGCACGCCCUCCUGUACAUCAUGGUCCCCCACAUAUGCCUCCAGGUCAUGCAUAUGGCCCACCUCGUCCUCGUCCUCCUUUUGAAAAGACAGAAAACAAGAAAGACAAAUUUCCAAAUUAUUUACACCAUAUUGCUCCUGAAGAUGAUCCUCUGGCAACAAGAACACUUUUCGCUGGGAACUUGGAAAUCAAUAUAACAGAAGAAGAAUUAAGAAGAAUCUUUGGAAGAUACGGUAUUGUAGAGGAUAUAGAUAUUAAGCGUCCUCCACCAGGUACAGGUAAUGCAUUUGCAUUUGUUCGCUUCCAAACAUUAGAUAUGGCUCACCGAGCUAAAGUAGAGUUGUCAGGUCAGUAUAUCGGUAAAUUCCAAUGCAAGAUAGGCUAUGGAAAAGUCACACCAACGACACGUAUUUGGGUUGGUGGCUUAGGUCCAUGGACUUCAGUCCCACAAUUGGAAAGAGAAUUUGAUAGAUUUGGUGCAAUAAAGAAAACUGAUUAUGUAAAAGGUGACAAUCAUGCCUAUAUUUUAUAUGAUAGUAUUGAUGCAGCCACUGCAGCUGUAAAAGAAAUGCGAGGAUUUCCAUUGGGAGGUCCUGAACGCCGUCUGCGAACUGAUUUUGCAGAUGUGAAUCCGCCAUUGCCAUAUCAUCGUCCAAAAGGAGGCCCAUAUGGGCCUGAUGAAUUAGAUUAUAGAAGAGCUGAUUAUGGCUACGACCCUCUCGAUGAAAGUAGUUAUAGAUACCGGGGACGUCCUGUUUAUUCUGAACGUCGAGGAGGAAGCAGAGGUCCUUACAGAUAUCCCGAUGGAUAUCCUGAAGAUGAAAUUGCACGCAGACCUCUAGAACCGGAUUAUGAUAGGCAUCGUUCAAAUUCACGAGGCAUAGACAGAUCGCGUUCCAGAUCUCCACGUAGAUCUAUCGAUUCAGAUUCAGAUAGUGGUUCCAGAAGGGCAGGUCUGCUUGCUUCUAGUAGAACUUUACCAGAAGUAGCCAGAAAAUGUUCGACGAUAUGGCAGGGUGCACUUAUUCUCAAAAAUUCUCUGUUUCCGGCUAAAUUUCAUUUGUUGGAUGGUGACACUGAUAUUGUUGAAGGAUUAAUGAAAGACGAAGAUGGUAAACAUCAGUUGCGAAUCACGCAAAGAUUGCGUCUAGAUCAGCCAAAACUUGAAGAUGUACAAAAACGUAUAUCUAGUGCGAGCUCUCACGCUAUAUUUUUGGGCCUUGCUGGUUCAACUGCUUCUGUUACAAAUGAAGAUACCAAUGUGCAAACAAGGCCGUUGCGCAAUUUAGUUUCCUAUUUAAAACAAAAAGAAGCAGCUGGUGUUAUAUCAUUGUUAAACAAAGAAACAGAAGCGACAGGGGUUCUGUAUUCUUUCCCUCCUUGUCCCUUCUCUACUGAACUCCUAAAACGAUCCUGUCCCAACCUGUCUGAUGAAGCCAUAAAAGAAGAUCAUCUUGUAAUUGUUGUGGUACGUGGUGGCACUGCCUAAACCUUUUUCCCUUUCUAAUUACUGCUUAAUAGCAAUUUGCAUUUUUAUUUUAUCAUUUAUUUUUUACGUAUCAUUUUUGUGAAAUUUUAUUUAUUUUAAUUGCACAGUUCUUGAACGAUUUAGGUGUUGAUGUUAUACAGUGACUAAACAACAGUAGUAUUUUAAGAGUAGAGAGAAAUGUGUAUGAUAAAAGAUAGGAUAGAAUUAUCUAAUAUAAUUUGAGUUAUUUCAGGAAAUUGGUGAGCAACGUUAGAUUUGUGAAGUUUUUGAUAACUAAAGAUGCAUUGUGUCAGUUAUCUAAAAUGGAUUAACAGUUUGUUAGUGUGCUCAUACUGAUCUGAUGGAGAUGUUUAAUUGAGCAGUAAAUUUUUUAUACUUACAUUAUAACAAACAUGUUUCAGAUAGUGAAGUGGAUAGUUUAGUGCUACAGUUCUUUCUCAUAAAUUUUGUUUUGCUUUUCUUUUUUAUUUUCUUUAGUUUUGUGAUACUUUUAAUAUUUUUGUGGGAAUUUUGAGUUCUUAUCUGACAACAGUAAAAAUGUGAAAGGACUGUAAAGAGUACCUUUUUACGUAUUGAUUAAUUGAAGUGUAAUGUAGUGACUAUAACAUUGUGUUAAUAUUGUUAAAAAAACAUUAAGUGUAGGAGUUGAAAAAUUAACAGUGUUCUAAGGUCUUGUAUCGCAAAACUAUUGUAAUAGACUUAGACAAACAGAUUGGAUCUUUAAAUAUGAUAAAAAAAACUUGGUGUGAUAAAAGUGGAUUUGUGAAACAAAUAGAUUCGAUUUUUAAAAGA